AUGACCCGGCCACAGAUCAUUCGCGCUGACACCAUUGACCUCCAAGCCCACGAGGCGCCCUCCGCCCAAAGACACCACAGGCCGACGCCUGACGGAUCGCUCGCUCCACACCAGGCCGAGACGCUGCGCGAGGUCGCCGCGGAGACUGCCGACGAAAAUCUCCGGUCCCCCCGUCUCUCGUGGAACCCGGACGCGGACGAGAUCCAGCAACACGCCCUCCACCUCGGCUCGGCCCCCGACGGCCAGCGAACGACCGGCGGUGCCGACAACAUGCGCUCCGGCGCCGCCCAGCAGGAUGCUCUGGCGAUCGCCCAGAACGGCGGCCUCUCCGGCCAGGAUGCCGACGAUGACUUGGACGGAGACGCCGAGGUCGACAUGGACGACGACCUGAUGGACAAGAUCUCAAGUUCCCCUUCAAUCGAGGAUGGUGGGUCCGCCUUCGCUCUUCCGACUCUCUCUGCCGACAGCAUCUCUCCCCUCUCGCCAUCAGUCAUGCGGCAGACCCGCUUGGCUUCGCCUGAUGUCUGCGAUCCGAGGUCCUCGUCUCCGUACCUCGAGAGUCCUGACCAUCUGCCAUUGAGAGGAGGCGACCAAGAAGAGUGUCAGCGCGUGGUUGUACAGUCUUGCUCUCUUUCUAGCGCCCGUCGCCAUCAUCAUCUUCAUAAUCAUCAUCAAGACGGUGAGUUCGAAGUAGACGGCUUCAUCGAAGGCGAUCUGGACGAGCCGGUACGCGACGACAAAGUGGUCCGGAUUGCGGCUGGGGGUGAUGUCCUCAUUGAGGAUUUGAUUGCCGGAAACCGAGGGGCACGACAUGGUACUGGCGAGAGCGGCAACGGGACGCAGGAAGGCGACGGCGAACACGACUUGACGAUACCUUACGUGUCUGAUGAUGAAGAUGAUGAUGGCGACUUUUCUGGAGUUCCUGACCCUAGAUUCAUCGACUCGGGAUGGGGUGGCGAGUGCUUACAAGAUACAGAGGACAUCGACUUCGAUUUCGUCUACGCUCUCCACACCUUCGUAGCUACCGUCGAAGGCCAGGCCAACGCGACAAAGGGGGACACUAUGGUCCUCCUUGACGACAGUAACAGCUACUGGUGGCUGUUAUCUGCGUCUAUGCUUGGAGAUCAGCCCGACAAGGCCCGGAAUACUAUUCGGUCGGCCAUGAAGAGAAGGAAGACCAAGACCGUCCAGUUUGCCGCCCCAACAUAUGUCGAUUACUCUGACGUUGAUUAUUCGACGGAGGAAGAAGAUGAAGCUGCUCUUUCCGCGCAGCAGCAGCAGGAGCAGCAGCAACAGCAGCAGAAGCAGCAGAAGCAGCAGCAAGGGCAGCAAGGGCAGCAAGGACAGCAAGGGCAGCAAGGGCAGCAGACUCAACAAUCUCAUCAAUCCACCAGCGACUUGGAGAUGGACGACGAGACAGCCAAAGUGGAACCGUUGAAGCCAAGAUCACAGCAGAAGGCCGCCAAAUCCGAAUCGAAGCAGGAAGAAGCCAGCGCCGGACCCGACUCGUCAACGGCCAACAAGGCCGCAUCCCGAGUGGCCGAAGAGGCUUCAGAGAUCAAGGCAGCGUCGGAUGGGCCAAAGAAAACCAGCAACGGGACCGUUCGGGACUCCUUCUUCAAGGACGACACGGUUGAAACCAAGAAGAUCACUUUGACCCCGAACCUGCUCCGUGACGACAAUGGGCCACGGACUUCCAGCGAGUCCAGGGAUGUGAAGCAACGCCCCAGCCUAGACAAACUAGACAGGGAUAGCUCCCUCAGCAAGGACGACAAGAAGAGGAAGAAGGAUAAAGAAAAAGACAGGAAGUCCGGCGGCUUUCGGGGCUUCUUCUCCCGGAAAGAUAGGAAGGCGAAAGGAGACGAGGAUGACGAUUCCUUCGGCAAGCGGUCCAUGGAUGCGGACGCCCCGGAGAGGGAUGUCGAGGAAGACGACCCGCAGGCGUCAGCAGAGAAAGCGGCGCCUCAGAGGAAUCCGAGCAAGUUGCACAAGCAACAACCCAGGACGGAGCCGAGUCCGACAGGGAAAUCUAACAGUAAUACCAGAGACAACGGUAUGGAUGUUAAGACUUUCUUGUCUGAAGGCAGGGUCAACAACGUCUCCAAUGUUCCCCCGGCCUCGAUGCGUCUGGUCGAGUCGAGCCCGAAGGCGUCGCAGGAGACCAAUCCCCGAGAUCAACGGCCAAGCCGCGAGACGUCCCCAAGGAAAACAGGGCCAUCAAUGGCUCCGAGAGCAGAGCCUAGGCCGGCAAAGGCGACAACGGCGAGGUCGCGUAUGGAGCUCGACGAGUUCGACUCGGAUGAGGACAUCACGCCCGCGCCGACAAAGCCCGCGCCGGCACCCGAAGAGGUUGGGCAGCGCCAACCGCAGCCCUUGGGCGAUCUUCCCUCACCCGACCAAGCCGUCCAGCCGGCACCAGGCGGUGCGCAGCCAGACACGCGCGGACCUGCAGCCACAGCGCCGGCAGCAUCGCAACAAACUGCCGAGCGGCUGUCCGAAUCGCCCGUGCAGGUCUCGCCUGUCACCCACCCGCCGCCGCUCAUGGUCGACAACUCGAGCCAGGAAGAAGAAGACCGGGCCUCGCCCCGCUCGUCGCCGUCGCCCGAGCUCAUCGAGCACGAGGACGCCGACGCGGCUGGCCACAAGACGUCGACGCCGCCGUCGACGACGAGGUCCGAGUCGUGGGACGACGCCAGCCUGCGCGCCUUCUUCGACUCCGGGUCCGAGGUCCGGGAUCUGUUGGUCGUGGUGUACGACAAGAACAACGUCGAUCCCGUCGGAUCGGAUCACCCCAUUGCCGGGUCGCUGUUCCGGGAGCAGAAUGCAAAGUUGGCCGAGAUAACGACUCGGCUCGACAAUCUGCUCGGGGACUGGCUCGCUCGAAAGCAGCGACUCAGGGGCGCUGUGUGA